GAAGUUUCCCCGCAGCGGUACCUCCAGCGCUUACAAUGGGGUGUCCCGACCGGACCGGCUGCAGGUACCUGCUGCUUCUCUCUCUGGUCUCUGUCUCGGGAGUAUGUGCUGAUGAGCCUCCCCCUGAACUGCCCCCUCAAGACUCUUGGGGAGAUCUGUGGCUGGUGCGUUUUUUCAUGAAUAUUGCAGGUUAUGGGACCAUCCUCCUGCCAGGAUACCUUCUCAUUCGCUACUUCAAACACAAAAACUACCUAGAGACUGGUAGAGGCCUCUGUUACCCUGUGGUGAAGUCUUGUGUUUUUGGCCAUGAGUCCAAGUCUUUGUCCCCUGAAGAAACGGCUGCAGCCCCCAGGGUUGAGGGUGACCCUUCCAAUACUCAACAGGCCCUCAAGCUUCUCUUCUGCACAGCUGGACUCCAGGUCUCCUAUCUGACAUGGGGAGUUCUACAGGAACGUGUAAUGACCCGCACAUACGGCUCAGAGGAAGGAGGCCCUGGGGAACGUUUCCGUGACUCACAGUUUCUCGUCUUCAUGAACCGCAUCCUGGCUCUGACGGUGGCCGGCCUAUACUGCAGCGUGACCAAGCAGCCGCGCCAUGGUGCCCCCAUGUACAAAUAUUCCUUUGCCUCCCUCUCUAAUAUCCUGAGCAGCUGGUGCCAGUAUGAAGCCCUCAAGUUCAUCAGCUUCCCCACCCAGGUACUUGCCAAGGCAUCCAAGGUCAUCCCAGUCAUGCUAAUGGGCAAACUGGUGUCGCAUAAGAGCUACGAGUACUGGGAGUACCUGACUGCUGUGCUUAUCUCUGUUGGGGUCAGCAUGUUUCUGUUGUCUAACGGAGAGGGCAACCGCCCUUCGGGGGUCACCACCUUCUCCGGGCUGGUCAUUCUGGCUGGCUAUAUUGUGUUUGACAGCUUCACUUCCAACUGGCAGGACUCGCUCUUCAAGUACAAAAUGUCCUCUGUGCAGAUGAUGUUUGGGGUUAACAUGUUCUCCUGCCUGUUCACGGUGGGCUCUCUCCUGGAGCAGGGGGCCAUGCUGGAGGCCAUUCACUUCAUGACAAGACACCCCGAUUUUGCCUUUCAUGCUUGUCUCCUCUCCGUCUGCUCAGCUUUUGGGCAGCUCUUUAUCUUUUACACCAUCAACAAGUUCGGAGCUGCCGUCUUCACCAUUAUCAUGACUUUGCGCCAGGCACUAGCUAUCUUGCUGUCCUGUCUGCUCUAUGGGCAUCCUGUUACCGCAGUGGGAGGAGUCGGGGUGGCUACUGUCUUCCUUGCCCUUUUUCUCCGGGUCUAUGCCAGGGGGAGGAUGAGGAAGAAGGGCAGAAAGGCUGCGGAUAUCCCAGUGGUGCAGAAGGUGUGACACCCAUGAUACUAAAUGCAUCUCCCGCCGUGUUUGAUGGGACUUUAAUCGGAACCACAAAACGCUUGCCCCUUUAUCGACUUCUCUGCCAUUGUGUAUAUCAUUUUAAUACAUUUCUAUAUAUGGAUUUACUGGCAUUUUAGCUCUUUAGCCACAAGGGGCCUGACCCCCGGGUUGAAACCUGAAAGACCAAUCAACUCCCUGCAGCCUUAAAUGGAUAAUCAAUAUUAUAAACUGGUAUAAGGGUAGUUUGUGGAGCUGUAGGAUUCAAAUUCGUCCCCCUCUAUUUUUUCUAAUUCCAGAGCAGAAUGUUUUUCUCUAUUAAAGGGUACAUUUUC